AUGUCAAAAAACAUUAUUAACGCUAAGCGCAUUGCAACUAUCAACAAUUAUAAUAUACAAUACAACACUGUCGAGAGCUUAGAGACCACUGUUAAUAAAAACAGAAGAAGCAAGCGUGUUAAGACAAAAAAGAGUGUACCAGCUGAGAAGGAUACUAUAUCUGAAGGCUUCACACAAUCAGUGGCCUCAAUUAUCAAAGAAAGGGCCAACUCCAUAUAUCUCGACAAAGCAUAUCACAAACUUGAUAAUGCAUCAAAAAACACAAUUAGUAAUGGCUUCAAUAGCAUCCUUGAUUUGUCUGAUAACAACGAAGGCAAAAAUUCACAAAAAUCAUUUUUCACUGAAGAUCAGUGGAAAACUUUGAAUGACCUUUGGAACAAAAAGAAAUCAUGGAAACCGCUCCCAAGUGGUAUUUCUUUCGAGCUGAAGGAAAUUGAGACAUUGGCAAAAACCAAUAUAAAGUCUGCCUAUGUGAAGUCUUUGGAGAUGCAAGCGAAGUAUGCUUUUAGUGAAAAUGAAGAAUACUUCAAAGUUUACUCUUCCAUUUUAUCAACCAUUCAUCAUAACAAGAAUAUCUUGAAUUUGGGUGUUAAAAACAAAAUGUAUACGGAGGAGGAUUACGUUGUCAACGUUUGGUCUCCAAUUUUGUCUGCGGGGGAGUCAGUCUCUGCUGAUUCAUCUGAAUCUAAAAAAAAUAAUGACCACACGAAAAAAGGUACCAUUGGCGAUAAGGUCGACCUGAGAGUUUGUACCAGGUCAGCAAGUGGAAAAAUAGUUGACUUGUUGAACUUCGAGUUCUCAAACAAUAUGGCAGACAACAAGAUCUUUACCGAUCAUAGAAAGACUCUUUGCGAAGCCAAGACAGUCGCAGACAAGUUUUACAGGAGUCCACUUAUCAAGAAGAGAACUAAAAAAAACUUGAGAUCGUACUCCGUGCAAAUAGCCCAGGUAGAAGGCCAGAUAACCUCUUUACGGUUAAUGGACAACGGCCUAUAUGUGGCAACAAAAAUUGGGUCGUUGAGACUACCUACAUCAGGCCAUGAGCUUCGCUAUGCACGUGUAGUUUUGGAGAGGUUGUACGACCUCAAGGAUUCUGCAGCAGCUUUGGCAGCCAUCUACUCUUCUAUGGAGCACGAAGAGAUGGCGCGUAGAAAGUCGUUGGCGACACACCUGAACAAUCAGCGCUCACCAUAUGAUGACGACUUGAGUGAUGGCGAAUCUGCCCAUAGCGAAAAAGGAAAAGACUUUGUAACAAUUAUUCUACAUUUUUAUGAGAAAAAGGAAAUCAUUCCUAUUUUUAUUGUAGUUUAUAGCUUCGCUAUUCAUUACUAACAGCUGUAAAUCAUUCGAAGGAGUGUUGCUGUUAUUAUUUAAAUAAAUGCAGUAAACAUAUAUUUUUUGUUUCGA